AAGAAGUCUGAUGUCAGAAAAAGCUGAACUAUUAGGAUUUAAUGCCAAAGAUGCAUUUGAUGCCUCACAAUUGUUAGAAACUACAGAGCGUUCAAAGGCGUUGUUAGCUAUCAAGGAUGAGCUUAUCAAACGUAAAGAUGAAGUUUUCGCAGCUAAUGAGCUUGAUUUAAAGGAGGCUGCUCUAUUGGUAGAGCAAGGAAAGUUGUCUGCACCUUCUUUACGCAGAUUAGGACUCAACAACGAUGUUAAGUUUAACGGAAUUAUAAAAUCAUUAGAGGAAAUUGCAGAAUUGGAUGAUCCAAAUAACAAAAUAAGCUACGCUGUUGAACUAGACAAAGAAUUAGAACUCUAUAGGGUUGCAUGUCCAAUCGGUGUUCUCUUAGUCAUUUUCGAGUCACGCCCUGAGGUUGUCAUAAACGUGGCAGCACUCUCUAUCAAAUCUGGCAACGCAGCUAUAUUAAAAGGCGGUAAAGAGUCCAAGAAUACGUCAUUUAUACUCAACAAUGUCAUACAAACCGCUUUAGCUGAACGCACCCAGUUGAAACCACACCUUAUACAAACUAUUAACACAAGAGAAGAAGUCAGCAGUCUCUUACACCUCGAUAAGUACAUAGAUCUCGUCGUUCCUCGCGGUGGUAAAGCUCUCGUUACUUCGAUAAAAGAAAACAGCAAAAUACCAGUAAUGGGACACGCAGAUGGUAUUUGUUCGGUAUUUGUCGACGAAUCUGCAGAUCUUGAAAAGGCAGUAAGGGUUGUAGUCGACUCGAAGACUGACUACCCAAGUGUCUGUAACGCGACUGAAACCCUCCUCGUACACCAAUCGCAGUUAGGCAAUUUCAACACUAUUGCUGAAGCACUCCUCACGAACAAGAACCCAGUUACUAUGCACCUCGAUGAAAAAUCUUUCGCUGCUUUGUCAGAUAGCAUAAAGCAACAAUAUUCGCAACAACUCGUUAAGUCCACAGAUGAAGAUUAUGAAACUGAAUGGCUCGAUUAUGAAAUAUCAGUUAAAGUAGUUGACAGUAUAAAUGAAGCAAUAUUACACGUUAACACUCAUGGUUCACACCACACAGAUUGCAUAGUCACCGAGAAUGACACAAACAAGAAUACUUGGAUGAAGGGUGUCGAUAGUGCAGGUUGUUAUGUCAACGUUUCAACAAGAUUUGCGGAUGGCUUUAGAUAUGGUUUCGGUGCUGAAUUCGGUGUAGCUACUGGUAAAACACACGCCAGAGGUCCAGUAGGAUUGGAAGGUUUAGUAAUUUACAAGUAUAUCCUCAGGAGUAUCGCUGAUAAGGGUCAUAUCGUUGGUGAAUUCGGAUCAGGAGGUAAAUCUUUCAGCCAUACACCAAUUAAAGAUGAUCGUCAACCAUGGUAUUAGAAUUUGGUAUUAUUUUCUUUAAUCACAAAUAAAUAGCAUUUUGC